AUGAACCAUUUCCCUGAAGCCUGGGGCCGACCCAGAAACGAUGUCUACGGUGCAUACGAUCAUUCAUAUUUGCAGACCUCGGGCCCAAAGGCUCACACAUCAUCGCCUGCUGUGACUGGAACAUCAGUGGUGGGUGUCAAGUUCAAUGGCGGUGUCGCUUUAGCUACCGAUAACCUGGCUUCCUACGGAUCCCUCGCCCGUUUCUCAGAUGUCAAGCGUCUACGUUCGUUUGGCGACAAAGCCAUGGUUGGAUUUGGCGGUGACGUUUCCGACAUGCAAUACCUCGACCGUUUGCUCGAGUCGAUGGAUAUCAAAGAGAACUACUCAACUCAUGGCAAUAUGCUUAAUGCUAAGAAUUUGCACACAUACCUGGCCAAGGUGUUCUACAAACGACGCUCCGAAUUCAACCCGCUGUGGAACCAUGUCCUUGUCGCAGGCUUUGAUGGAGAAGGGGAACCGUUCCUCAGUUCGGCAGAUUUGUUGGGAACAACAUUCUCUGCCCCUCACCUGGCUACAGGCUUUGGAGCUCACCUUGCCGUCCCGAUUCUGCGCCGCAAGUUCCCGGAAGAUACACCCCUUGAGGAAGUUAGCCAGGAAGAUGCCGUGGCGGCCCUGAAGGAGUGCUUGAAGGUCUUGUUCUACCGUGAUGCGCGAAGUCUCGACAAGUAUUCGAUAGCGGUGAUCACCAAGGAUGGCAUUGAUCUGAAAGAGGAUGAACAGAUUCAGGGCCAGAGCUGGGCUUUUGCCGAGAGAAUCAAGGGAUACGGAGCCCAGACCGUCUAG